AUGUUUUGUAUAAAAAUCGUUGUACUGCUUCUGUGUUUUUUGGCGAUUCAUGCGCGACUUGGAGAAGACGUUGAUGACAUCAUUGCUGACGCAGUUCAGCUUUCCUACCAAGAUCCUCAGCGAAGAUUUGGUACCAGGAACGAGACCACGAUGCCUAGAACCGGGAACAGAUUCGCUUUUCUGCAGAAACAGCUGGAAGAGGAAGACAGACUAGCCAGGGCGGGAUACAAGUAUCUCUGUCUCAUCAAAAACCUCGUAAACGUUUCGGGAAGGAGCAACAGAGAUCUGGAAAGAAACAAUGAAUUCCAAACUUCUUUCCGUAAACAAUUAUGUGACAAGGUCAUUCCGCUGUGUCAAGAAUAUGAACAUUCCAGAUUCAGAAGCGCCACCGGUGUGUGUAACAAUCUUUUCCAUCCAACAUGGGGGAAGGCAUUGCAGGCUCACGCACGAUACCUAUUACCGGUCUAUGAUGAUGGUUAUAAUAGUCCUCGGGAAAGGAACAGAAAUGGAGGGAAACUUCCCAGUCCAAGAGAAAUAAGUAACAAAGUUUUUGAGGGAGGUGCAAACACCCCUACAGACAGCAAACACAACUUGAUACUUUUUGCCUUUGGACAGUUUCUAGACCAUGACUUAACAUUUACCCCAAUCGCUAUUGGAAGCAAUGGCAAACCUCUUGAUUGUUGUGGAGCGGACAAGUCGGACCCUGAAUGUAUUGCAAUAGACAUUCCAGCAAAUGACAAUCGGUUUCGUAACAGAACGUGCAUGGACCUGUCCCGGUCUAUACCUGCUCCAUUUGAUGAGGGCUGUAGUAUAGGGUACAGAGAACAAGUGAACCGUAUUUCCUCCUUCAUUGAUGCAGGAAUGAUAUACGGAGACUCAAAACUUUUUCAUGAGAAUCUAAAUGGACGUGUUGGAACCCUGAGGACCUCCAAAGGUGACCUUCUUCCUCCUGGAGGUGCCUGUGAGAUUUCACAACCUGAGGACUUCUGCCAACUGGGCGGUGAUGAAAGGGUAAAUGAAGUUCCGUCUUUGAGUGGAUUACACGUAAUAUUUCUCCGCUUCCAUAACAUCCUAGCAAAAGCUUUAAAAAGAAAAACCCACCAAACAAGCCAAGAGGUGUUCCUGGAAACAAAGAAAAUCAUGGGCGCCAUUAUACAGCAGAUAACAUACGGAGAAUACCUUCCGAUCCUGUUGGGUGGAACGACCCGAGCAAUUCUGGAUUUGAACCUUCAGCCAACUGGUUUUUGGGACAGGUAUGACCCAUUUGUGAAUCCAACCGUGAAGAAUGUCAUCGCCACGGCAGCUCUUAGAUACGGACACUCGCAGAUACCCCCAGAGCUUGGGUACAUGACACGGAAGUUUGCCACGUCUAGAGUUUUUAAAACAGAAGAUGUCCUAAUGGAUCCACACAUGGUAGUCACGAAAAACGGGAAAAACAUACCCGAUUUAACACGAUUUCUCUUAGCCACGCCCUCCAGAAAAGUUGACAGGGAAGUUGAAAAUGCUGUCAGGAAUGAAUUGUUCCGUGACAUGAAUGGGGUAACCUUUGAUCUGAUGUCAUUUAACAUCCAGAGGGGACGAGAUCAUGGUCUUCAAGCUUACAACGCAUGGAGAAAGUGGUGUAAUCUUCCAGUGGCGCUAUCUUUUACAGAAUUAUAUGAUCAUAACUAUGAUAGCAGGAUGCGGCUGGAACAAGCUUAUGAAGAUGUUGAUGAUAUCGAUGUGUUCGUCGGGGGUAUCACCGAGACACCUCGCGAUGACGCACUUGUUGGGCCUCUUUUUGAAUGCCUGCUAGGAAAUCAGUUCAGGGACCUUAAGUUUGGAGACAGAUAUUGGUACGAAAAAAGUGGAACAGAGGGAUUCUCUAUAGGACAACUAAAUGAAAUCAGGAAACUGACCUUGUCUAAAAUCAUCUGCGAUGCGCUGAAUUUGAAUAAGAUACAAAGGAAUUCCUUUUUCUUGCCUGGAUUAAGUAAUCCUUUAGUGACGUGUUCAUCCUUACCAUCCCUGGACUUUUCUGAGUGGGGAGACGCAGCUGCUCCACCACAGUACCAUUGACUGGGGAACUUUUCACACUAAAAGAUGAAAGAUUUUUCUUCCGUAUAGUAUUACUAUGUGUUAAUUGAUAAUUUUAUUCUCUAAUACACGUAAAACCUCUGUGU